GCCGGGUGUGCGUGUUGAGGAGCGGAGCAUGGCCGGACGGGGCGCUCGGCGGGCACGGGCCGCGCUGCGCCUGCUGGUAGCCGCGCUCCUGCUGCCCGGGGCGACCGCAUUACAGUGUUACUGCCAUCUAUGCACAAAAGACAACUUUACCUGUGUGACAGAUGGGCUUUGUUUUACCUCAGUAACGCGGAUUGCAGAUAGGGUCAUUCACAACAGCAUGUGUAUAGCAGAAAUCGAUCUGAUUCCCCGGGACAGACCGUUUGUUUGUGCACCAUCCUCCAGAGAUGGAGUUACUACUUUGCCUCAUUGCUGUGACAAAGACCACUGCAAUAAAAUAGAACUUCCAAUUCCAACACCAGGUCCUACUCCAGGAAGACCAGCUUCUAGUCUGGGACCUGUGGAACUGGCAGCUGUUAUUGCUGGACCUGUCUGCUUUGUCUGCAUUUCAUUGAUGCUGAUUCUGUAUCUUUGUCAUAACCGUACUGUAAUUCAUCACCGUGUGCCAAGUGAAGAAGAUCCUUCAUUGGAUCGUCCCUUUAUAUCUGAAGGAACUACUUUAAAGGAUUUAAUUUAUGAUAUGACAACUUCAGGCUCUGGGUCAGGUUUACCUUUACUUGUGCAAAGAACAAUUGCACGAACUAUAGUACUCCAAGAAAGCAUUGGUAAGGGUCGCUUUGGAGAAGUAUGGAGGGGGAAAUGGAGAGGAGAAGAAGUUGCUGUGAAGAUCUUCUCUUCAAGAGAAGAGCGCUCGUGGUUUCGAGAGGCAGAAAUUUAUCAAACAGUUAUGCUACGACAUGAAAACAUUCUUGGAUUCAUAGCUGCGGACAAUAAAGACAAUGGUACAUGGACACAGCUGUGGUUGGUGUCAGAUUAUCACGAACAUGGGUCACUCUUUGAUUACCUGAACAGGUAUACAGUAACCGUGGAAGGAAUGAUAAAAUUAGCCUUGUCUACUGCCAGUGGCCUUGCUCAUCUUCACAUGGAAAUUGUAGGCACACAAGGCAAACCAGCGAUUGCCCACAGAGAUUUGAAAUCAAAAAACAUAUUGGUAAAAAAGAAUGGAACAUGCUGCAUUGCAGACCUGGGGCUGGCAGUUCGACACGAUUCAGCUACGGACACAAUUGACAUUGCCCCCAACCACAGAGUGGGAACAAAAAGGUACAUGGCACCUGAAGUUUUAGAUGAUUCCAUAAAUAUGAAACAUUUUGAGUCAUUCAAACGAGCAGACAUCUAUGCAAUGGGAUUAGUAUUUUGGGAAAUUGCUCGUCGAUGUUCAAUCGGUGGAAUCCAUGAAGAUUACCAGUUGCCAUAUUAUGACCUAGUUCCUUCAGAUCCUUCUGUUGAAGAAAUGAAAAAAGUUGUUUGUGAGCAGAAGUUAAGGCCCAAUAUCCCAAACAGAUGGCAGAGCUGUGAGGCAUUACGAGUAAUGGCAAAGAUCAUGCGGGAAUGCUGGUAUGCCAACGGAGCUGCUAGGCUAACAGCGUUGCGUAUUAAGAAAACACUAUCACAGCUUAGUCAACAGGAGGGGAUAAAGAUGUGAUCCUGGAUUUGCUACCAAAAACAAACACAAAAAAAACUGUAAAAAUCCAUACCUGCACCAGAGUGGCGUGUUAAGAAGGUUAAUUGUUCUACCUCACUGGGGGAACAGAAGGAUAUUGCUGCCUUUUAAUACUGCAUAGGAACGUCACUUGUUAGGAUUUCUGUGGAUGUGCUGAGCAGUUGCUUUGGGUCCUUUCUGUGCACUAUGAACCUUGUUCUGAGGUUACUUACAAAACAUCGUGUAGACUAGUUUUGCUUUUAUUGACCUAUGAUUUUUUUAUUUGGAAAGUUCAUAGCUGGUCUUAACUUCUAGUAAACUGUACUGAAAACAAGAUUGCUUUUAAAAUGGCAACGGUUCGCUGUAUUGUUCUAGAGUGCAUUGAAGGCUGCUUCAGCGACGUUAUUCCUGCCUGGUACAUUGAGUAUUCUGAACCACUGUUACAGUUCUUUGAUUCAGAUUUUGAAUGUACUGUUGGAGUAUGCUUUGCUGCCCAUUAAGGUUGUAUGUCUUUGGAAUGCUUACCUUAAUUUGCAAAUUGACCUCAUUCAGUAGUGGGGAACAUAAAUUAUGCAACUAUCUACAUGA